UUCGUCCGGAGGCGUGCAUCCAGUAUAGCACGUCCAUGAAUAAUCUACUACUAACUGCGGUCAUUUACUCAAACGUACAAACACCCCAUGGACUUCACAACAUAACAUUUAUAUUUUCUCCAUUUUUUUUUCAACGUAUUUUGUGCCGUGUUGUUAAGAAGGAUCUGCACAUAUGCAGUAGUGGAUCUGUGUCAGUGACUGAAUCACAAAAGCCAAGUAAUCAUGGUGAGGUUGGAGCUGGAUCAAGUGGUGCUCAGGAGGAUGAAGGAGGAUGAUGUUGAGAUGGUCAAAGCUCUCAUUAAGGAGGCCUGCGAGGGCAUGGAAAACCGCCUCAUCCUGCACAUCCUCACUCGUCCACUCUGCCUUUUCAUCCUGGCAGUCUUUUCAUCUGCCCUGCGCUGCCUCAUUCACUCCUUCAUCCUGGCCCUCGCUAUUCCUGUCUUCGUGCUCAUUAUCUACCUCAAAAUCACCAUACCGCGCUCCACAGGGGUUCUGGGCAGCAGCCGCCCCUCGUGGGACUACGUGGGCAGCAGCUUCAGGGGGACGCAUGAUGAAAUCCUACAGAAUCCUUACUCUCGGAUCAGUGGCAAGAAAGCCAUGUCGAAGAAGCAAAGACGUAGAAUCGGAGCCAAAGAAAAAGACAAGGAAACGUCAAUGGAGACGAUCACCCCGGAGAGGGAGCAGGCUGCGGGGCUGGUCUGGGUGGCAGAAAGCGAGGGCGAAAUCUUAGGCUGCCUCUUCCGAGAGAGCGAGAAACGAGCCAGCAUCAGGAGGUUUUGUCGGCUGGUGACGGGCAGCUGGUACCGCAGAGAGGGCUUGGCUCGGCUCUUCGUCCAGAGCCUGGAGCAGAAGGAGAGAGAAACAGGGGCGCUGCGAGUGUAUGCGCACGUGCCCUACCCGUCCAAGGUGGGCGAGGUCUUCUUCAGGAAACUGGGUUAUCUGCAACACGGGGAGGAGGCUGAAGAUGAGGACGCAGAGGAAGAGGAACAGCGGGAGACUCCGGAAAGAGGAUUUUUAGGAUAUCCACUCACCAAGGUGUUUUACAAAGACUUGUGAGCCACAGCCUCUAUACAGGAGUGACUUUAAGGGACGCAAACUGGACAUUUCAUCUUACAAAGCAGUGAUGUCAUUGCUGCUCUAUGUAAGGAUAUUUAGGUCUGUCAUUUAGUGAUACAAGUAUUAUUUAUUUUAUAAAAUAACAAGGGUGCACAUAAAAAUUUUGGACUGGUUCUUAAAGGAGCACCAGAGGUUUGUAGCUCAGUGCUGACUUCAUCCCAACCCGCCGACCUCACUGGAUGACUUCUAAGACUUGUAG